AUGUUGGGCGCCCUAGAUGCCCACCGCGCCGUGCUCCCCUCCCAGAGACCGCCGUCGCCGCCCUCUCACCCUCACUCCCACCCGCGCCAGCCCAUGCACGAGUACGUCGUCCACCACGACGCCGUCGGGCCCUCACCGUAUGAGGACUCCACUAGCAACACCAGCAACAGCAACAGCAGGCGUGAUGACUACCUCGCCCGGCUGGGCGGCAGGGAGCCCCUCCAGGAGUCGACGGGCAACGUCCAGCACCACCAAGGCCACCACCACCAGCACCACCACCCUCACUACCCCUACGGCCAGCGCGCCCUGCCCUCGCUAUCAGCAGCCUCGUCAGCCUCCUGCACCCCGGUCCUGAGCCACGCGCUCUCCGCCAUCCCGGCGGCCCCGAUCCUGCCCACGCAGGCGCUCGGGUCCACAGGUCUGCCGUCGUCGUCGGCCCCGGGAUCACAGCAGGACCAGCAUCACCACCACAACCAGCAGCAGCAGCAGCAGCAGCAACAACACCAAGGCGGCGGUGGCGGUGGCGUCCUCGGCUCCGAGCACAAUGCCGCCGCCGCCGCGGCGGCGCUGGUCGCGGCGGGGGGCACGUCGGCGCUCAGGCUGCGGCGGCACCAGCACAACCUCGCGAGGGCGGGCAGCAGGCACAGCGUGAACCCCGUCUACCUGUCGCCCGAGUUCCGCCAGUACCGGACGAAGCAGAAGGGCAAGGACGAGCAGAAGUGGCCCGACAUCCUUGAGGAUGCGUUUCUUGACGCCCUGCUCCUGAUAGUCCACAUGGGCCGCCGCAAGUACCACAUGCACGGCAAGCAGCACGGGCGCAACAUGCUCAUCUGCGAGUACAUCUGGAUAGCGUGGAAGCAGCAGACCCUGCCGCCGGGGGCGCCCCCGCCCCCGCAGUACACCAUGCAGGAGGUGAAGCCGUGCCAGUGCAAGCCGCCCAAGAAGCCGCACCGCGAGGACGAGCAGUGCUGGGUGAAAGUCAAGCACGACUGGUACCGCGAGCGCAAGCAGGUGUCCAGCCACAUCCAGGUCAUCAAGAACUUCUUCCGGUUCCACCCCGCCUACCACUUCUUCUUCUCCAAGGGCUCGGAGGAGAGCGGCAAGGACAAGAAGAAGUCCAGCCCGGGGCGGUGGUACAAGGAGAACACGGACCAGAAGUCGUUCAAGGACGACCCGGUGCUCAAUGCGCUCAAGGAGGACCGGCUGCCCGACGUGCGCCCCAACUACGAGUACUUCGGGCAGCUGCUGGGCAUGAACCAGACGGUGCAGGUCAGCCCGUCCAUGUGCUGGCUGUACCUGUCCAACGACCUGAUCCGGGACCAGUCGUCGACCGAGACGCGCUUCUACACGGACGAGGACGGCGUCAAGCGCGAGGAGGAGGUCAUCAAGGUCAAGACGUACCACCCGGAGCAGGGGCUCCUCCCGCACUGGGACUUCCCGCACCGGUACGAGUUCACGAGCGGGCGCAAGGAGUGGGGCGCCCGCGACAAGGAGGACCGCAGCAUCCGCCAGACCUUCCUGCACGAGUACAACUGGGACAUGAAGCAGACCGAGUCCAGCUCCGUGCGCGAGGUCUGCGACGAGUGGGAGGUCGACCACCCGGAGCUGCACGCCAGCCUGCAGAGCGUCAUCGACCACCACGACCUGCAGAACGCCCACGUCCACUCGGCGGCGGCGGCGGCGGCGGCGGCAGGGGGUCCCAGCGUCGGAGCCGGGGCCGGGGCCGGGGCCGGCUCCACCCACGGCCAGUGCGACAUCAUCCACAUGGACCUGACGCUCGACGUGCACGGCAUCACCAAGCUGACCAAGCUGCCCAAGGGCUCGGCGUUCCGGCCCCUCGUCAAGAUCACCGUCGCCCAGGCCAGCCUGCAGAGCCACCACUGGUGCGUGCGCACCCGGCUCGAGCGGCCGCCCGAGCUGUGCUCCAACGGCCGCGGCACGACGUUCAAGGACGACCUGGAGAUGGGCUACGUCUUCACGCACGUGCGCGGGUGCCACGACCGGAACCCGACCUGCGACUGCCGCGAGCGCCGGCGCGGCAACGUCUGGUCCGUCCCCUUCCCCGAGGUCCAGUGGGCCGAGGCGCUGGACCUGUGCGCGACGUACCCGCGGUACUUCCUGCCCAGGGAGAAGGAGGGCGGCGGCGGCAAGAAGGGAGGGGAGGACGGCGGCGACGACGCCAAGGAGGAGGACGUCGUCACGCAGAUGGACCUGCUGAAGGCCACCGCCAUGUUCCAGGAGCUGUGGUCCAGCCCGCCCGCGCCGCCCGGCGCCCCCGACCAGCUGAACUGGACGCGGCGCGCGGUGAUCCUCUGGACCUUCAACACGAUCCACUUCUUCGACAAGGAGAAGAAGCUGUGCACCACGCCUGCGGGGACCAACUGGCGCUUCCUCACCGCGGUGGACCCGCUGUCGCCCAUGCACCAGGAGAGGAUGCUGCUGAGCGGGAGCAGCGCCGCCGCCGCCGCCGCCGCCCCCUCCCACCAGAUUGGCGACCGCGUCGUCAUGUCGCCGUCGCCCACGUACCAGCAGAUGCUCAACGCGCAGAUGGCCGAGAACUUCAGCUCGGCGGCGUGGCCCGGCGGGAACGUGCACCUGGGCAUGCCGCAGGGCGGGACGCACUCGAACCCCUCGUCGAUGCCAGUCUCCCCCAUGCCUACCUACGGGCCGUCGAACCUGAGCCUCCACGGGGGCUUCGCCAACGGCCUCGUCACCCCGCCGCCGUCCGCGGCGCUCACCUCGUCGUACGUCGCCGCCUUUGACGCCGCCUCGUCGGGCAUCGGCGUGCACGCCCAGGACCUGGGGGCCCAGGGCCUGGGGUUCAUGCCGGCCACGACCUCGAACAACACCGAGGCGAGCUUCAUGACGAGCGGGUCCUUCUCGGCCGAGUCCUACAUGCCCUACAACACGGGCAACAACAGCUUCUACGAGGAGCCCGAGGACGACGAGAGCGACACCACCCUGCCCGGGUGUGAAGCCGCCGACCUGACCGGCCUGGCCACGCAGCAGUGGUCCAGCAUGAACAGCGCCGCCCACGCGGGCAACAACGCCCUGGCCGCGCUGGACUGGGGCCACCCGGACCUCGCCGGCGGGCUCUCGAUGGCGGUCACCGACGAGACGGGGCUGGGCGGCGGGGAUACGGGGCCAAACCCCCUUGAUGACGGCGCGCGGCAGAUGCAGAACCCGUAUGACGCCUGCGCACAGGUUGUGCGUUCCGACGCGGCGGGGAGGCAGAACAGGACGCCGUCCAGCGAGCAUUACCUGGCCGGGCUGCAGCGGAUGCACAACAGCCUCGAGACCCGGGAACGGCUCGAGCAGCAGCAGCAUCAGCAUCAGCAUCAGCAGCAGCACAGGGCCUCUGCCAACGAUGACGACCUCUGGAACACGUCCGCGCCGACGCCCACCAGCUGCGACGUCGGUGGGGGCGGCCAGGAUGCCUCGGCGCAGUUCAGCCAGUCAGCCGCCGCGGCGGGCUGGGACGACAGCACGUUCGGCCACCAGUUCCACCAGCAACAACAGCCGCAGCAGCAGCAGCAGCAGCAUCGCCAUCAUGACGGGCUUUCCAGGUCUGGGCAGGAGUAUCUAGGCGGGUCCGGCGGUCUCAGCCCGCUGGUCGGCCGUAAGCGCUCCAGGGAGGAGGCAGACGGGGACGACGCGUACUCGUCGCUGGGCUCGAUGGCGGGGUACGUGACGACAGCACCCGCCGGCCAGCACAAGAAUCUCCGCUACCGCCUGAGUUGA